AUGGCAUCUUAUCAAGAAGAACAAAAACAUUCUGAAAUAUCCUCCUCAAUCCCCGAUCAAGUAGUUGAAACAUCAUUAAAUGAUCCCUCUCUUGUCAUCACACAACAUUCGGCUUCUCCUGAUAAGACAACAGCAACAAAUGAUGAACAAAAUGAAAUUAUGCCGGAACAACAGUUAUGUUCAAAUUUGGAUGAUAAAGUUGUUAAUGCAGUUACAGUAGUUGAUAUCGACAAAAAAGAACUUGAAGAUAAUUCAUCGUCAGAACCAACCAGCGAUACUAGUGGAAAAAAAGAACAACAAGAGUUAAAACAAAGUAUUCAACAAGAUCAAAAUACAUCAGAUGCAUCUGCAAGUAAUAAUCAUCAACAACAUGAAGAAAUAGAACAAAAUGAUAAAUAUUAUGUAAAAUGGAUUGAAUUUAACACAGAGUUAGUCCCAAUAUUAUUACAGAAUGCAAAUGGUCCGUGUCCUUUGUUAGCAAUCAUGAAUGUAUUACUUUUACGACAAAAAAUUUGUAUUAAUGCCGAUAUUUGUAUACUAUCUGCCGAACAAAUUUUAGCUUAUUUAGUCGAUUUUUUAUUUCAAUGUGUUCCAAAAAAUAUACCAGAUGAAGAACAUUUAAAUUAUGAACAAAAUAUAAAUGAUGCAAUGGCUGUACUUGAUAAAUUAAAAACAGGUCUUGAUGUCAACGUUAAAUUUGAUCGUGUUCAUAAAUUUGAAUAUACACGUGAGUGUGUUAUAUUCGAUUUAUUGGGUAUACAAUUAUUACAUGGAUGGUUGAUUGAUCCACAAGAUGAUGAAUUAUUAUCAAUCAUCGGUGAUUGUGGUUAUAAUCAGUUGGUUGAAAAAAUCAUUAGUCAAAGACAAUCGGAUAAAGAAGAGUUAAUACGUGAAAAAAAUAACGCAUCACAAUUAACUUAUCAUGGUUUAAUCGAAUUAAAUCAAACAAUGCGUGAUAAUCAAUUAGCUGUACUAUUUCGAAAUAAUCAUUUUAGUACAAUUUAUAAACAACAUGAUCAUUUACUUGUAUUAGUGACAGAUCAAGGUUUUUUAAACCAACCAGAUAUUGUAUGGGAAACAUUAACAAAUAUUGAUGGUGAUAGUAUCUUUUGUGAUGCAUAUUUUAGAAUAUUUAAAAAACAAACAGAAACUGAACAACAAGAUUAUCAAAUGGCACUAGCUUUGCAUGAUGAAGAAGAACAAUUGUAUAAUGAAGCUCAUAUCCAUUCGAAAGAUGUUAAUCAGCGUCCACAACAACAACAACAACAUCCUCCUCCAAAACACGGACAACAGCCUCAUUCAUCUCAACCACAAGGAGAUGUAUCAGAUAAAAAACAUAAUAGUAAAAAAAAACAAAAAGAACAAUUAGAGAAAGAAUCAGACAGUUUUUGCACACUGUGCUGA